AUGGCCACGUCCUAUCUUGCACCUCACCGACCAGUCUCUUUACGCAGUCUCUUCGAUGUCAGCGCGUCAAAGGGAGGGACGCCCACUAUCGACUUGGAGUGGGGUCCAUUCCAUGCUCACGUCGAAGCCUUCCUCAAUGCUAUUGACGCUUAUACUAUCCGAGCAAAGACUGAAAUCGCGAAUAGGGCGUCUGAUCAUGCGACCAGCGUUCGAGACCUUCAUGCGGAGAAAGAUGAAUGUGAAAGACGCAUCACUUUGGAGAGAGAACGAGAAGUGGAGAUGCUUGCUGCUAUUGAGAAUGAACGUCUCACUCUCGCCGAUUUGACCUCAUCCUUAUCACAUAUACAAAAGACCUUGGCCAAAGUCAAAGAACAAUCUGCGUCCCUGGAGACGGAAUUAACUUCCCUCACUCGGGAAGUCAACAUCACGAAAGCCGAAAAGGAACGUCAAGCGAAGGUGUUGGAUGAGAUGAGGGGACGAGAUGGUGAUGAAUUAAGAGCGCUGGAAGAGGCUUUAGGGUGGAAAGUGGAAGGGGUCAAACAAGAUCUCCUAUUGAUGAAAUUCACAUUGCUCGACCCCUCAGACCCAGAUAGAGAAUUCUCUUUGGUCGUCGAUGUGUCCAAACCUGAGUAUUCUGUACCAAAUUGCUCCCCUCCACUACCAAAUCUACCGGAACUAGUCAAGCAGCUCAACACCGACAGAGAAUUCUUUGCGUUCAUCAAGCGAGUACGAAAAGCAUUCCGAGCUUUGAUACCACCUCAAGAUCCACGGGCGAUGUUUGAAGAUCUAAGUGGUCCCGGUCAGCGCCCUACUCAACUGUUUGCAACAGGAGAUGAUUGA